AUGCCGCCCAACGGCACCGCGACCCACGAUCCCACCACGACCGCCGUAAACCGCAAGAAGCAGAAGCGACGGGAGAAGGAGGCCGCCAAGAGAGCCGCACAAGAACCACCUGCGCCUGCGCCUGUGCCUGCGAGAAACGGCGUGCCACCUGACCAUGCUCCCCCAGGCCAGCAGUACGCGGACCCGGAGCUGGACGAGCCGGCCUACGACGAGGGGGAAUACUACUCGGACGAGGAGUACGAGCACACGUACGGCACGAAUCGCGACUACCAACAGGGCUACGCCCACGUCCCCAUGCGCGGGAGCACAGGCAAGAAGUCUCGGCGGAAGAAGAAGGCGCCCUCCGCUCCUCCUCCGCUUGCCUACACGCAGCACGUCGCAUCACGCCUCAGCCCCGCACCCGGACACGCCAUGUCGCCCGCCCAUUCUGUCGCCCGAUCCGGCAGACAGGACCGCAUAUGGAACACGACCAUGCAGGACGAGAGGGACCGCAUACGCGAGUUCUGGCUGUCCCUCGGUGAAGACGAGCGCAAGUCACUCGUCAAGAUUGAAAAGGAGGCCGUGCUGCGCAAGAUGAAGGAGCAGCAGAAGCACUCGUGCAGCUGCACCGUGUGUGGGCGGAAGCGCACAGCCAUUGAGGAGGAGCUGGAGGUUCUAUAUGAUGCAUAUUAUGAAGAACUCGAGCAGUACGCGCACCACCAGCAAGACGUCGGUAGUUUCAUUCCCGAGGCUAAUUAUGGUUAUGCGUCCAGUGCUCCUCAUCACCCGCGCCCUAUGCUCAACUCCCACCCCCAUCCACCCCCCGGCGCCUACGACGACGACGACGAAGAAGAGUACGACUCUGGCGAGGAAGAGGAGGAAGAUUCCGAAUACGACAGCGAGAUUUCGUCCGAAGGCGACUACAGCUCUGGGGAGCGAAGUCUACCGCCGCCCGAGCCCUCAGACUUCCUCCAGUUUGGAAGUAGUCUGCAGGUCAAAGGUGGCAUACUUACGGUUGCUGACGAUUUGCUCAAGAACGAUGGGAAGAAGUUCAUCGAGAUGAUGGAGCAGCUCGCCGAGCGUAGAAUGCAACGAGAGGAGGAUGCCCAAGUUCAGGCUCAUCCAGGUGCACAGCAUCGAUCCUAUAGCGGCCACAGCCACAACGCUCCACCGCCCGACGAAGACGAUUACGAUGACGAGGGCGAAGAUGAGGAAGAGUACGAUGACGACGACUACGAGGAGGAUGAAGAGGAUGAGGAAGGCGCCAUGACCGAGGAGCAACGGAUGGAAGAAGGCCGACGAAUGUUCCAGAUUUUCGCAGCGCGCAUGUUUGAGCAGAGAUUACUCGAAGAACUAGCGGAAGAGGAUGUGCGGAAAGAUGCGAAAGAGGCCAAGAAGGCAAAGGAAGCCCAGAAGCGCAAGGAGAAGAAGGACAAGCAACGGCAGUUGAAGGCGGAGCAGGAGGCUCGUAAGGAGGCUGAACGAGCAGCCAAAGAGGCCGAAGCCAAGGCUGCAGAGGAGAAGCGACUGGAAGAACAGCGGAAGAAGCGAGAAGAACAGCGGAAAAAGAAAGAGGCCGAACGCAAAGCCCAAGAGGAGGAGAAGCAGCGCAAAGAAGCCGAGCGUCUAAAACGACAGCAGGAAGAGCGUGAGCGACAACAGGAAGCUGAGAGGAAGGCACGGGAACAAAAAGCCCAAGAGAAAAAGAUCAAGGAUGAGGCUAAACGAAAGGAGCGGGAAGAGCGGGAAGCGAAGGAGAAAGAGGCGAAAGAGAAGAAGGCACAAGAGGAUAAGGAGCGCAAAGAACGCGAUUCAAAACUCAAGGUUGACAAAAUCCGCACAGCCAAAGAAGAUCAGGCCGCCUCUGCAGCUCCUCCUAAUGCUAUAGCUGGUGCGAAGAAGACAUCACAGCCAGCGGUUGCGGUGCCUCCUCAGUUGCUGAAGCAGAACUCGUCUACGGGAAUGCCCUCGCCCUUGGUCACACCAGCUGUACCCAAAGCUCCAACACCGAAUCGACCACGCCAGACGUCGCACCAAACCUCCCACAGUUCCUCUCCAAAGACGCCCCACGCUACUCUGGGAGCUAGCAAGUCAACAUCACCCAACUCCCAGUUACCGAACCAGUCAAUACCAAGGUCUAUUUUGACGAAACCGCCAAUCCCGCACCAAGGUCUAGGGACUCCGCAUGGUCAGCCAUCAUCUCCAAUGCCUCCCAUGGGACCACCACCAGGUAUGCAAGGACCACCAGGACUGGGUAUGGGCAACAUGCCUCCAGGCCUGAACGGCUUUCCUGGUCAUGGUUCAAUGAUGCCUAGCAUGAUGGUACCCCGUUCCAACAUGCCCUUCUUCCCUCAACCUGCGCCCCAGGGUUUCCGUGGAUUCCCACCUCCAGGUAUGCACGCACCAGGAGCACUCCCAAUAGGCCGUGGCUUCCCAAUGGAAGGACCACCAGGCUUUCCCGCACCCCCUGGCUUCACCGCGCCCAUGCCCUCCGCCUUUCCGAUGGGCAUGCCAACGCACUCGCGACAAGGCUCAGGCUCCUUCGAACGCCUUCCAAACGAGAGCCCCAUUGGCGCUCCGUCAGCACAACCUAUACAACGUCCAACACCUAUCAAACGCCCUUCGAGCGUAAAAGCAGGCGACGAACACAGCCAACAAAAUGGUUCCGAUGUCGACGAACUUGCGAAUCACCUCGGCAGCAAAGCGCUACUAGACGACGAUGACGACAUCCCCGACCUCCCCGAACGACGCCCAAGCAUGCAACAACACGGAUCCGUGCGCGCGCCAUCCUUUGGCUUCGCAGACAUACCCGGUACGCAAUACGGAUCCUUUGGCGCACCAGGCGGUGGCAGCAUCUGGGGUACGCCACCCCUAGGGGGUUUCCACCCAGGUGCUGCUGCUAACUGGGGGAACUCGCCUACAAGCAACAUCUUCAAUAGUCCAUUCUCCAUGACCAAUUCAAGGAGUCUGGAGCGAAAUGCGAAUGAACAGCGUAUUGUCUGGCUGAGGAGGGCGAUUUGCGCUGCAUGCAAAACACUAGGACCGCGUAUCGCCGAUGCAGAUGGCUACGUCGAUGCAAGUGAAGUGCAUCGUCAAGUCGAAGCAUCAAGGGGGGCUAUGGAUCCCGCUGUGAGCAUGGAGGAGAUCAAGGAGGCGUGCGAUAUCCUUGAUGUCACACAUACCAACGGCGGUGGAAGUUUGGAAUACAAAGAGGAUGGCAGUGGCCGUGUGUCACACAUCAAAUUCAGCGAUGGUGUCGUGACGACUGCUCCUCCGAGUUCUCUGGGCGAGAUUGGUAGCCCAGUCCCAGGUCACAGUGUUUUGGCCGGCGGGUUUGGAGGCAGAUUUCCCGGCCUGGGACCGCAGGGUUUCUAA